AUGUUUCAUCCAUACUUUACCGUUAUCUAUAUUUCAAAUUCUACUUUCCCAUUUAUAUUGUUAGGUUUAUCUUCAACACCCUCAGCCGUUUUAUCACGUCUGAGGUUAUCACUCGUACUUACUCGUGACUCUACAGAGAUUGAACAGAAGAACUUAAAUAAACAUCGGGAAACUGAGAAACAUCGCACCAGUGAGAAACACUAUGUUCAGGCUCAGCUGGAUAAACUGACAUCAACAUCAACAUCAACACCAACACCAACAUUGACACCAAACACAAAACCCAUGCCCUCCCCUGCUGAAUCCCCCAGUCCUCCUCCCAAUCAAGGCUCCUUUGAGGAAGAAAUGAUGCAAAUGGCUGACCUUUGGACUUCUACAACCAGGGAGAUCUCUCUCAGUGACCAAGCCCCCCCAGAGGAUUAUGUCAUGAACUGA